ACUCGGCCGCCCCGCUCUCCGCAGAGCAGCGCCUCCGCGACGCGUCCCAUCCAGCUGGUCUCGGGUCGCUCUCCCCCCGGCCCGGGCGCGGCAUGGCCAAGGCGGCAGCCUCGUCGCCGCUGGAGGACUUGGACCUGAGCGGAGAGGAGGUCCGGCGGCUCACCUCGGCCUUCCAGGACCCGGAGUUCCGGCGAAUGUUCACCGAGUACGCCGAGGAGCUCACGGACCCGGAGAACCGGCGGCGCUACGAGGCGGAGAUCACCGCGCUGGAGCGUGAACGCGGAGUGGACGUUCGGUUCGUGCACCCGCAGCCGGGUCACGUCCUGCGCACUAGCCUCGACGGCGCCAGGCGCUGCUUCGUGAACGUGUGUAGCAACGCGCUGGUGGGCGCGCCCAGCGGCCGCCCGGGCCCCGGCGGCGCGGCGGCCGGCAGCCAGUGGUCCCUGCCCUACAGCCUGGCUCCCGGCCGCGAGUACGCGGGGGGCCGAGGCACCCGCUACAUGGUCUACGACGUCGUCUUCCACCCCAGUGCGCUCGCGCUGGCCCGGCGCCACGAGCGCUUCCGCCAGAUGCUGGACGCCACGGCCCUGGACGCCGUCGAGAAGCAGUUCGGGGUGAAGCUGGACCGCAGGAAUGCCAAGACCCUCAAGAUCAAGUACAAGGGGACUCCGGAGGCCGCCGUGCUGCGCACGCCCCUCCCCGGGGGCGUCCCGGCCCGGCCCGAGGGGGAGCCGGAGAGCCCUCUCCCCGAUUUCCCCUACCCCUACCGGAGCCCGGCGGUGGCCGGGAGCUCAGAGGUCCCCCGGCCCCGGGCGCCCUCCCCGCCGGAGGCGGUCCUGCCCCCCGCCCCCACGGAGCCUCGCUACAGCGUGGUGCAGCGCCACCACGUGGACCUCCAGGAUUACCGCUGCUGCCGGGACUCGGCCCCCAGCCCGGUGCCCCGGGAGCUGGUGGUCACCAUCGAGCUGCCGCUGCUGCGCUCGGCCGAGCAGGCGGCGCUCGAGGUGACGGGAAAGCGGCUGUGCCUCGACUCCAGGAAGCCGGACUACCGGCUGCGGCUGUCGCUCCCGUACCCGGUGGACGACAGCCGCGGCAGGGCGCAGUUCCACAAGGCCCGGCGACAGCUGGUGGUCACGCUCCCCGUGGCGCUCCCCGCCGCGCGCCCGGAGCCCGCCGCAGCGCCGGAAGAGGCCGUCUGCGCGGCCGGAACUGACGGCUCGGCGUGCGCUUCCGCUCGCGAGGGGGCGGUGGGCCCGGCGGGGGCGGGGGCGGGGGCGGGGGCGGGGGCGGGGGCUGGUGCCGGCGGCUGCGGCGGCUGCGGCGGCGACUGCAGGCCUGCGGGGGCCGCGGGCGCCGCUGCGGAGGGGCCUGCCUCCGAGCCCGAGGAGCGGGACUUGGACGCGCGAGCGGGGCGGACCGCGGGCAUCGAGGAGGAGCCGCCUUCCGUAGCAGGAGACGCCCCCGGGCACGGUGGAGGAGGCUCCCCUCGGGCUGCGCCCGGGAACCGUGACAGGGGGUCUUCCGCAGGAAGGGGCAGCGCGUCUGGAGCUCUCAGGGCCGAGACGCGCGCGAUCGGGGAGGCCGCGGCCCGGGAGCCCUCGGAUCGAGCCAUGGGUGGGCCUGGGACCCGCGGCAGGGAACCUCUGUGUCCUCCUUUGCAGUGUAAUCAGGAUGAAGAAUUCCUGACCCUGCUAAUUCAAGUGCCUCGGAUCCAGCCGCAAAGUCUUCAAGGGGAUGUGAGCCCCUGCCGGUACAAAUUAUGCUUCUCCACCCAGGACUUAGUUUAUUAUUCCUUCUUUUUGCAAUUCGCUCCGGAGAACAAAUUGAGUACCAGAGAACCUGUGGCUAGUAUUUCUCCAAACAAUGCGGUGAUAGAACUGGCCAAAUCUCCAGAGUGCCGUGGACCUUGGAGAGAGUGGUAUUACGGUUUAAACAAGGAUUCUUUGGAGGAAAGGCUAUUUGUCAAUGAAGAAAAUGUCGAUGAGGUUCUUGAAAAGGUCCCGAGCCCUCCACUUGAUCAGCCAAUGACUGUAACCCCACCAUUAAUUGAAGUUCUUGAGGUUACUGAGAGUAAGAUUCAUAUUCAUGCUAAGUUGCAAGAAUGUAGUAACUCUGAGCAGCUUCAUGAAAAGGAUGAAAAAGUCAAUGAAGGAAGUCAUCUAACUGAAAAUAGAGAACAUCCUGCCACCUCAACAACUGAUUCUGAUUCAUCUAUAGCAGAUAAAGUACUAGAAACAGACAGUUGUGGUUCGGUUGUAUGCUUGCAACAAGGAUCUCUUGAUGUUUCUCACAUGGUAUUUGGAAAGUCUCAGCAACCUGAGUCAAAAAUGGAACCUGAAUUUAUGAAAGAAAAAAGUCUUGUUUACCCAAAUGAGGAAAAAGAUGAUUUAAAAGAACCAGUAAUAACAGAAGAGAAGGAAUUAAAUGGAGAUGACCGAUCUUCAUUACUAAACAAAACUACAGUGCACAAUUUACCUGGUCUCAGUAACAUAAGAGAAACCAAUACACAGGACGGUAGUGUGCAGUUUAUUAAAGAUCAUGUGACUCAAUGUGCAUUCAGUUUUCAUAAUUCUUUGCUAUAUGACUUGGAUUAAUUCUAUAUAAUUUUAGAGCUUAAAAGUUACGAGUAAAAAUUUUUUAGACUUAAAAUAGAUGAUCUUUCUGUUAACUACUAUCUUGAAGUAUUCAAGAAAAUAUAAAAUUAAAAUUUGCAAUUUUGACUCUAAUGGGGAAACUGGAGAUACUUAUUUUUUUGCAUGUAGAGUUUAUACAAAGUUUCCUUAAUUACAGGGAUUUUUGUGAUUCCUCUGAUGUAUAUUUUUUCUAAUGGACAGUUAAACAUUUAGUUUUAAUACAACUUGUAUAUAUUUGCUUGUUUGUUUUUGGCUUCUUUUGUUUACCAUUACUUUAAUAAAGUUUCAAAGUAAAUAUUC